GGGUACGAUUCGUGUUAGUUUAAAUACUUCACUUGGAGAAGUACGCCAUUAGUUUGAUAGACCCACACCUGCCAAACAGUCAUUGUCAGAAACGUCUCUCGUUGCUUUUUUAUCAUGAACAAGGUAAUUUUACUGGCUGGGUUUUUCGCCUGUCUUGGUCAGCUUUCGACCUCUCUGUUUGUUGGAGGACAAACUCUGGGACCACCACCACCUGUUCCGGAUAUUCGACAAUUACUUUAUGCUCCAGUAUCCGCAGCACUGGCUAGCGGAACGACGGUUACAGCAGCGGCGGCCAAUCCAGCAGCAGCGGCCAAUCUGAAUCCGUGCUAUUCUUUGGAUGCUCAGUACCCUGAUCGCCCUUGUAGUCCACCUCAACAGAUGCCCAAUCCGGAAUACUUACCUACGCCAACUUUGGCACCUUAUUACCAACCGCAGGUUGUCCAGCCGGUACCGCAGUUUGCGCCUGCAGCUCCUGCUUUUCAACCAAGGCCAGCUGUUUAUUUUACGCCUUAUCCAUACUUGAAUGUCAAGCAAUUAGAAGACGAUCGGACUCCAAUUACGCCCGAGGAUGAAGUUCCAUCGCAAUACGUUUAAUGCCAUUUGAAAGUUUUUAAAUAUCAUGUGACGUUCUCUUUGUUUCUUUUUUGUAUGAAUUAUCUAAUUUCUAAAAUAUACAUGACGAAUUGAUGACAAA